UUUCUGCCUUUUCCCUGGAGGAGGCAGGCAGUCACAAUUUGAUCAGUGAAUGAUAGCCUCUGACUUGGAAGGCAUCUUCUUUGUCUACCACAGACAUUUCCAGAGAGCUGGGCUCCUUCUGCUGUCGCCAUUGCUAGGGAGGUCCAGCCCUUCUCCAGAAGGGAGAUUGCAACUUCCCGGUUGACCUCCCCAUGGGGGAUCCAGCACUUCUGGUGGCUGCGGUUGAGCCCUUCUGCCUUAAAUUGUAAAAAUAAAGCAUAUAGAUAUAGCUUUAUGCUUUUCUGCAGUGUAUUGCAGUGUGCAUCUUCGUCCCACAGAAACCACUGACACAUGGCAAUGCACCUGUAGGUGACUUUCUCUACAUGAGAAGCAGUGCUGAAGUUCAGGAGGUUCUGCCAUUUCUACAGUGCAGCAUGUACCAUGCUUAUCACCCCCUCACAUUGUGGAGAUGUUGUUUUAUGUUGGUGUGUUUUCGAUUACUGUCAUGGAAAUUAUUAAUAUUUGUACUUCCUCUGCUGUCCUUUGCACUGUUACCAAGUCUGCACAUGUCCUUAGCAUUUAAUAACUGCAAAAAAAAUUAUUACUCCCUCCUCCUGUUAAGGCAGGGGUGAUUUUCCUUAAUUUAAUCCACUUGUGUGUGUGUGUGUGUGUAUAUAUAUAUAUAUAAAAAAAUAAUAUUUUAGUUUUGCACUGAUAGUUUCUUCUUUACUUGUUUUUAUUCAUCUAAACCAUCUAAAAAUGGUAUGGUUGGACUGCUCACCUUAAACUUCUGAAUUUUGCAUGUUACAGAGUUUGGUGUCGUCUUAUUUUCUAGAACCAGAAGUCUGAAUUUGUUUGUCUUUGGUCUUUAACUUCUAAUGUCAACUGUACUGUAUACUUUUCUCUUAAAAUUAUAUAAUCUCUGAAUAAUUCAGCAAUUUCAUGUACCUGAUAAGCUUGCUGAUCACAAAUUCCAGUGUGCGGAUACUCUACUUCUGAACUGUUUAAACCACAUUCACUAUAGGUUGUCUUGAAACCCAAUUAUGUCGAUCUUUGAAAGAGUCUUAUAGCAGCAAGGCAGCACAGCUACAGAGUUUGCAAGUAUUUUGACUACUGAAACACAUUUUACCUGUCUUGAAUCAUAUGUCUUGAAGUACUAUCCUUUUAGUAAGUGGGGAAACUUAUGGAUGAACCGUAACAAUCUUGGAGUGACACUGUGUAUCGGGGGAAACUAGUACCUGUAGCAGCCUUUGGAGGACCACAUGGGGAACUGAAACUUGUUGCAGUGUGAUGUGAACACGACAUCUGUCGUCAUUGGCAAUAUCCAACCUGAAACUGAAUGAUCAUAAGAGUUUGCAAUGGCAAUGCUCUGGAAAUUCAUGAGAGUAGCUAAGUAUUCUAAAGCAGCUUUAUCACCAAAAGUAAAGGUAAGAGGAAUUCCUACCCAUUCAAGGCAUUCUUCAUCCAAGUCUGUACCUUCAGAUUUUGCUGCCAACACACCCUGCUCAAAUACUGUGGAACUACUUGGUAGAGCUUAUCCUCAAGAUGAGUACAGCAAUGUCACAGAGAAGAUUCUUUCCAAGGUGGGGAAGAACUUACACAACAAAAAGCAUCACCCUUUGUGGCUAAUCAAGGAGCAGGUGAAGGACCACUUUUACAAACAAUAUAUUGGACGCCGUGGGACUCCGCUCUUUUCUGUCUAUGACGGUCUUUCUCCAGUAGUUACAGUACAGCAGAACUUUGAUAGUUUGCUUAUCCCGCAAAACCAUGCCAGCAGACGGAAAGAGGAUAACUAUUACUUGAAUCGUGAUCACAUGCUAAGAGCACAUACAUCAGCUCAUCAGUGGGACUUGAUACACUCCGGCCUAGAUGCCUUUCUGGCAGUGGGAGAUGUCUAUCGCCGUGAUACAAUUGAUAACACCCACUACCCAGUCUUCCAUCAGAUGGAAGGAGUUCGGCUCUUCUCCUGUCAUGAGUUGUUCUCCAACAUUGAAGAUGGUGAAGGCUUACAGUUGUUUGAGCAAGGUCAUCGCACUGUACACAAGCAGGAGUGUCACACCAUGGAGGCAGUGAGGCUGGUGGAGUUCAACCUGAAGCAAGUGCUCACGAAGCUCAUGACUCACAUCUUUGGUGAUGGACUGCAAGUCAGAUGGGUAGACUGCUACUUCCCGUUUACUCACCCUUCCUUUGAGAUGGAGAUCAACUUCCAAGGAGAGUGGCUGGAGGUCCUGGGUUGUGGGGUCAUGGAGCAACAGCUGGUUAACUCAGUGUUGAAGCUGUUUAACAGGAUAUGUCAAUGGUGUGGGACAAAUGCAGAAAGACAAAAGAAUAAAGCAGAAGCUGGUGCUCAGGAUAAAAUUGGCUGGGCAUUUGGCUUGGGUUUGGAGAGGCUGGCCAUGAUCCUGUACGAUAUCCCUGACAUCCGACUGUUCUGGAGUGAAGAUGAACGCUUCUUGAAGCAGUUUAUUGUGCCUCACAUUUGGCAAAAAAUAACAUUCCAGCCACUCAGCAGAUAUCCACCUUUGAUCAAUGACAUCUCCUUUUGGCUGCCUUCUGAGCCAUACUCCAAGAAUGAUUUCUACGAUUUGGCUCGAACCAUUGGUGGAGACCUAAUAGAGAAGGUUGUCCUAGUGGAUGAAUUUACCCAUCCAAAGACAAAGAAGGUGAGCCAUUGCUACCGUAUCAUUUACCGCCACCCGGAGAGGACUUUAACGCAGGAUGAGGUGCAUCGCAUCCAUCAAGCUAUUGAAGAAUCAGCAGUUCGAGAACUUGGGGUUGAGGGCAGAUUCUAACAUUGCUGGUCCAAAGCCCUAAUGACAGAUGCUUUUCCUUUUCUUUCUUUUUCCUUUUUUUUUUUUUUUUUUGUCUUUUUGAGACGGGGGGUACAAGUAAAGAGAGGGGGUUUGUGACUGAAACUAGCACAUGGAAAAUGAUUGAUAAAUGGGCAAUGGUAAAACUACCAGAUAAUAAACAUUACUACUGAGAAAUCAUUGACAAAGCAUUGACACUUUAUUUUAAGAAAUGGGGGAACAGCAGUAAUGUAAGAUUUCCCUCCUGUUACAAUAAGAAAUACACUGCCUGGUGGUUUUCUGUGUUGUUAAUUGGUCCCUGGGUUCCAUUAAACUGUAAA